AUGCGUGUUGCUGAUGAGGGCGUCAUGAACCUAGGGUUCAAAUUCAUCCAUAAACUUGACCCAGGUUCUCACAUUAAUUAUGUUUGUUGUAAGGGUUUUAAAACCCUUAGAUUCAUAAUGAAAUUGUCCAAGAAUAUUCGUUCUAGAAUGUUUAUUAAGGCACUUUUUUAUGAGUUAGUUCGUCCAAUUCUCGAGUAUGAUGCGGAUGUAUGGGAUCCUCAUACUGCAAAUGACUCGUUGCAGCUUGAAAGGGUACAGCAACGGUUUAUGCGGUUCGCCUGUAAUUUGUUGCAGAUCCCAUGUGAGCCCUAUGACUAUACCCCUUUGUCUGAUUUACUCAAUUAA